AUGAAAAAAAAUGUAUCGCGAGUCAACGAUGGACAGCAGGCAUCGUCCUCAACACAAUUGAGAGCUCCUUCUUCCUCCUCUGCUGUUAUCGGUAAUGAUCCGUAUGCCAUGAUGAAAAAAUCGGGAUCUUUCAACGUGAAGAAUGGCAUGAAUCCGUCAUUAUUUGGAUCUAUUUUUCAAAAAGUGAAUACAGCUCUAGACGCGAAUAUUCCAACAACAACCACUUCUAGUGUUCCGAAAACGCAAGCAGAAAAUUCAUCAAAGAAAGAGUUUUCCGAACAUCAAAACACAUUCAAUCAGAGAGAUUCCAGGUCAAAACAACAAACAACGAUUGAGGAAACAGAAGAGGAGACUUCCAGUGAUGAAGAGGAUAGCAUGGAUCGAAUUAAAACUUUGGAUGAGUUUGAGGAUUUUUCUGAAAGUGACAAGGAUGAUGACGAUUACUCGCCAAAUGUUGUCAUUGUAAACAAAAAUACUUCGAAACCCUCAUCAUCCCAAUUCGAGCAAGCAUUGGCAUCCGGUCACUCUAAUAACAGCAAUCCCACAAACAAUUAUCCUUCCACCAGCAAUGUAUCAAAAAAAGAAACAAGAUCUAAUGUAAUGAAUAACAAGAAGCAACCGUCAACUACUUUCCAAGCUCCUCAUGACACUUCUAUACAUGAUCUUGAAGAUCUUGAAGAAUUUAGUGACUAUGAAGAUGAUCAUGUGUCCCAUUCAGCUCACGAAGAUGAUUCAGUGGUGAUUGAGGAAGAAGAAGUUGUGGAACCUGAAAAAUCAUCACUCAUUGAAGAAGAACCUCUUCAUGAACAUCAUGAGGAGGAAGAUGAGGAAUUUAGUGAUUUUGAAGCUCCGAAAGAAGAUUCAUUUGUUGAGGAAUUUGAAGAUUUUCAAGAUUCUGAGAGUGAACAAUUGGAUGACUUUAAUCCAGAAGAGUUUGACGACUUUGAGGACAACACUACAGUGCAACCAUCAGUGACAUCGAGCAACGCUUCUUCCAAGAUUAUUAACAUUCCAACUCAACAACAGCAACAACAACGGAUAACACAACCUUCAAGUAACAGGACGACACCGAUCACAGACAACACAAAGAAAGAGUCAAAGAACCAAGAUGUUCCUUCUCGCACUUCAGUGACAAGUGCCACUAAGGAACUACCUGAAUCCUCCUUCGUAGCAGACAGUUCAGCCAAACAAGAAUCACGGCACAGUGAAAUCCCAAAAAUUUCACCCAUUCCUGUUCUUAAAAAACAAUCAUCUACAAUGGAUGUCAUAACACAAGCAAAGAUUCAAGAUGUAUUGCCGCAAAGGCAACAAGAAACUCUCAUCCCAAAGAAAGAGGUCAGUUUGCAAAAAGAAUCUCCAAAAGAAACCGACAUUCAACUCAAUGAAACAUCAACACAACCAAAGGUUAUUAUUACCAAUGACAAACCAGCGUCACCAUCACUUCCUAAACAAGCUGAUCAAAUAUUUAUUGAGAUACCAUCCUCCAGAAGUGUUUGUGUUGGAACCGAUUCGAAUCAAAAAACAUCAACAGCCAAGAGUGCCGAAACUACAACACAAACCGACUCAUCACUUCUUCGCCAGGCACCUCCAACCUCAACACCUCCCUUUCAAAACCCUUCAAAUCAACCUUCAUUUCCUCAACCUUACAUGUACAGCCCGUAUUUUGUUCCAUUCAACUAUCAAUAUUAUUGCCCUCCUCCCGUUCAUGUAUUCAGACAACCACAUUUCGCAGAUGUUUAUUCAAAACGGUUCGACUUUUCACAUCAUCCAUUCAAUUCCUAUCAAUCAACUGCUCAUUUGUCAAAACCUUCUGAACACACGUCACAACCAAAGCAAGACAGCACUUCUUCAUCAUCUCACACUUCAUGCAAUAUCAAAGCAACGAAUAGCAACUCCCAAACGUCAUUUCCUAAAGAAACAUUUAAACCCUACGUUCCUCAAACGAAAGAGCUUUUCCAAAGAAAUGAGAAAGUGGAUCAACAAUACAAAUCUCUUCGAAACAGUCUCUCCUCGUAUGUGGAUAACAACAAUGUGGUAAAAUCUCAUGUUCGAGAACAGCACGAAAGAAACUCUCACAACAUCCGAAGAGAAUUAGCUGAGAUUAAACAACUUUUGAAAUCCACCAAAGAAGAUUUGAGCCAUCUGCUGUACAGCAGCAACGCACGUCCUCAGUAUAUCGAAAAUAGCAACAAUCCUGCAUGUGGAAUUCCAUCGCCCUUCAAUGUCAAUUCGAAUAAUAUUUUGUUUUCACAUGAUGAACACACAGGAAGACGAGAAGGAGGCUACACCAAUUUGGAAAAAACUUUCAACCAAUGCAAUCCAUAUUCCACAAGAUCGAAAGAUGAUCCAAUACCUCAUCCACGUGCACAGCAUCGACAACAUGAGAAUUCAUCCAUUGUUCAAUAA